CGUCAUUUCAUUCGUCGCCAUUUGCAAAGCGACGGUCCGUGUGCGAUUUUUCUGCAGUGUUUUUCUUUAAAAUUCCGUAGUACCGACGGUCGGUUCCAGGCCCAAUCUAGGUGCAUCGUGUGGCCACCAACCCCAACUGCAAAAGUAGACCCAUACGAACCCGGUUCCGGUUCGUUUUAUUCUGAACGCGAUCAAAGUCCAGUUUUUUUUGUACCAGUAGAGAAAAAUCUAGUGAGAUUUUUCUGUUUUUUUCAUCGUACUUGUACAACCAUGGCCAAUUAAAAAGAUGUCUGAUCGAAGAGUGUCACCGUUCGUUGUCGUUGACAGCAGCAACAGCAGCAGUGCUUCGUUGUCGGGAGCAUACGUGCCCCGGGAGAAAACAGGGCGCUUCCUUCUCGUGGACCCUGUUCCGGAUCAAUUUGCCUUUGCUUUCUAUCCUUCGUUUAACUUAGUUUUAAGAAACAUCUCCCCAGAUGGAGAAGAAUCAUCGCUUUUCGAACCAGAGUCUCUCCUCGAAGGGGGCGAACACUGAGCCGAAAAAAACUCAAGAAACAGCCAAGUGGCCUCGCCACUCAAAGCGACGUGAACAACCCAACUUCAGUGACUCCAAGGCAGAUACUUAUCGAGGCGGCAACGGCAAAGCGAGCGCAUCGGGAAAGGCUCGCAAUCAAACCAACUACAGUUACAACAGCAAUGACAAGCGCACGAAGCAGCAACAACGUCCUUCACCACCUCUGGACGCUGAGACAUCGCUGCUGGAGUCGAGUGAUCCAUUCGACGAGCAGUUUGAGGGAGCCGGACUAGUGUCGGCUUACGAUGCUCGGGGUUCGAUCCCCGUCAGGCAUGAACUACAUUCGGUGUUCAGCUCUGGUUCGAAAAAACAAAGUUUGAACCAUCUUCUGAACUUCCACUAUGCUCCCCGAGAGCGUGAUCAACCGGUUCGGUUCACCAAGACCGGCAACAAUCGGAGCCACAUCAAAAAGAUGAGUUACAACAAGGAGCAGUUUUUGCAAGCUAAUUGUCAAUUUGUUGUACGCGCCAAUGAAGACUACGGAGCCUUUCUUGCUUCACCGGAUCUACUAGUCGACUGGGCCAAGAUUGAACAGAUUCACAUUCUUAGCUCUGAGGAACCGCAAUGUCCCAUAUGUUUGUACCCUCCGGUUGCUGCAAAGAUGACUAAAUGUGGUCAUGUCUACUGUUGGCCUUGCAUAUUGCAUUAUUUGGCUCUUUCGGAUAAAACUUGGCGCAAAUGUCCCAUCUGCUAUGAUGCUAUUCAUAUUCCAGAUUUAAGGAGCGCUGUUUCUAAACCUUUCCAUUGCUACGCACUGGAUGAAUUCGUGACCUUUCAGUUAAUGCGGCGCGAAAAGGCUUCGAUGGGUGUGGCCAUCGGCACUGUUGUUCAAGAGCAUAAAACAGAAAUUCCGCAUUUUCAAGCUCAAACUGGAAACACAAUUCUUUCCAAACUUUUGCUGGCCGAUACUGAACAAAUACUGAAUAUUGUUGCGCGCGAACAACAGGAAUUGGAAAAUCAAAUCGUUACCGAUGGAAUACAUUGCCCGGAAAAUGUAUUUGUUCAGCAAGCCCUUGAUCAGCUGAAGGAGAGGAAGGAAACAAUUCUAGGAGCUAAGCCCAUCUUUUUUUCUGAUAAGAAAAAACAGCAGGAAGCUUCAAGCAUCAACAAGCCGAGAAUGGUUGAAGAAAUAAACACAGAAGCUGUCGAUUGUACCAUGAAACAACAGGAAAGAAAUCCAGCCUCAGCCAUCGAUUAUCUAAUUGAUGAAGAUAGUAACUUUUCUUUAAGCGACAUUGAGAUUGUCCAAACUACACAGUGUGCUUCCUCGGAUUACUUAUACUUUUACCAAUCUAUGGACGGGCAACCGCUGUUUUUGCAUUCAAUCAAUACUCGCAUGUUACAGGCCAUGUAUGGGGGUUUGGACCGAGCCCCUCCGAAGCUUACAGGAAAAAUCGUUCAAAAGGAUAGUUGCUCCAUGUCGGAAAUGUUACGCAAAAAGUUGAAGUAUUUGCAGCAUUUGCCUGUUUGUACUCAAUUUGAAGUGGCUGAAAUCGAGUUUGGUGAAGACAUAAUUGCGCCGGAAAUUUUGUGUGAAUUCAAAGAUGAAUUGAACCGUCGUCACAAAGAUCGCCAAAAGCGUGCCAGAGCAGAAAGAAUUCGUGAGAAGCAAAUAUUUGAGUUCAACGAAAGGCAAUUGGGAAAAUCCUUGGCUCGUUCAGCCAAAAUCAAUAUCGGUUCGACGAAACAAUUUCCUUCGUGUGGAGCCGGCGACGGGUUUGAUUUCCGGUAUGAACCGUCUUCGGCUGCUAGUCCUCCAGUGAGCGAUAUAUCGUCUGCUUCGCCCGGCUCAUCCAGUGUGGGACCUUCUUGGUCAAAAAUGCUGUCAGCUACAUCUGCUGGAUCUCGCUGGCCUUCGCUCCCAUCAGGUAGUGGAUCGAUGAACACUUUUGCCCCGCUAGCAACGCCUCCACCUAAGUUGUUGCAAAUAACCGGAUCCAAAAUGGGGGCCACAUACUCUGCAGGACGAAAACUUGCAACAGAUAGCGAUGCUGAGGAAGAUCCCGAAAACUUGUUGGACGAAGCUCGUGUGCCGGAAUUCAGGAACGAUCUAAGUUUCGCCAUCGAAGCAGCUUUAGAACGGGCUACGCUAAAUUGCGAUUCUGGAAAUUCCUCCACGAUGGACGGAUGCACCAAGAAAACGAAAUCGGCUAGUGGAAACGGAUCCGGAAUGAACCAGAGUGCGAAGAAAAAGAAAAACAAAAAAACAUUGCUGUUUGCUUCCGGCAUGACCCUUAAUUGAAAACCUAUUUUGCCUUACAACUGAUUUGGGUUUGUUCACAGGAAAAUUGAUUUUACGAAAAACACUGAAAAUGUUAGAAAAAAUACAAGUUCUUUUCCAAUUGUUCUAUCUAAUUAACGUAUACUUUUAAGCACGGUUGGUUUUGUUAAUUUAAACAAAUAAGUUCGAUGAAUUCAGAGAACAAGUCGCAACGCAUUCAAAAUGUAUCUUAAUCGGAUAAUAUAUCUACCAUUAUAUAGACAACGAGAAUAA